AUGGGCCCACGGACCCUGCUGAUCCUGCUGGUGGCCACAGCUUGGCAUGGUCAGGGGGUCCCGGUGAUAGAGCCCAGUGGCCCUGAGCUGGUGGUGGAGCCAGGCACAGCGGUGACCUUGCGAUGUAUGGGCAAUGGCAGCGUGAAGUGGGAUGGCCCCAUUUCCCCCUACUGGACUCUGGACUCUGAUGCCCCCAGAAGCAUCCUCACCACCAACAAUGCCACCUUCAUACACACGGGAACAUACCGCUGCACGGAGCCUGGAGACCCCUCGGCGGGCACUGCUACUAUCCACCUCUACGUCAAAGACCCUGCUCGGCCCUGGAGGGUCCUAGCCGAGGAAGUGACGGUGUUGGAGGGUAGGGACGCGCUGCUGCCCUGUCUGCUAACCGACCCGGCCCUGGAGGCGGGCGUCUCGCUGGUGCGGGUGCGCGGCCGGCCUGUCUUGCGCCAAACCAACUACUCCUUCUCGCCCUGGUACGGCUUCACCAUCCACAAGGCCAAGUUCAUUGAGAGCCAGGACUACGAGUGCAGCGUUCGGGUGGCUGGCAGGAUGGUGAAGGCCCUCAGCAUCCGGCUUAAAGUUCAGAAAGUCAUCCCAGGACCUCCGACCUUGACACUGGAGCCUGCAGAGCUGGUGCGGAUUCAAGGAGAGACUGCCAAGAUCGUGUGCUCAGCCAGCGACGUUGAUGUCAACUUUGACGUCUUCCUUCAACGUGGAGACACAAAACUCGCAAUCUCUCAACAAUCCGACUUCCGUGACAACCGUUACCAAAAAGUUCUGACCCUCGAACUCGAUCAUGUAGUCUUCCAAGAUGCUGGCAACUACACCUGCAUGGCCACCAAUGCCCGGGGCGUCCACUCCACCUCCAUGGUCUUCCGGGUGGUAGACAGUGCCUACUUGAACUUAACCUCUGAGCAGAACCUCCUCCAAGAGGUGGCCGUUGGUGAGAAGCUCGAACUCAGAGUCAAGGUGGAGGCCUACCCAAGCCUGCAAAGCUUCAACUGGACCUAUGAGGGUCCCUUCUUUGGCUCCCAGCCCAAGCUCAACUUUGUAAUCACCAACGACACAUACAGAUACACCUCCAAGCUCACCCUGCCUCGCCUGAAGCCCUCCGAAGCUGGCCUCUACUCCUUCCAGGCUAGAAAUGCCAGAGGCGAGGAUAACCUGACCUUUGAACUCACUCUUCUAUACCCCCCAGAGGUAGAAGUCAUGUGGACCUUCACCAAUGGCUCUAAAGCCCUGCUUUGUGAAGCCUCGGGGUAUCCCCGGCCCAAUGUGACGUGGGUGCAGUGCAGCAGCCACACCAACAGAUGUGAUAAGACCCACGUGCUGGUCCUGGAGGAGCCGAACCCUGACGUCCUGCGCCAGGAGCCCUUCCGCAAGGUGACCGUCCAGAGCCUGCUGACCCCGGGGACCUUGGAACACAACAGGACGUACGAGUGCAGGGCCCAGAACAGCAUGGGGAACACCUUCGGGGCCUUGGGGCCCAUCUCCAUAGGAGCCUCCACGCAGCCCCGCGAUGAGCCCCUCUUCACACCGGUGCUGGCGGCCUGCCUGUCUGUCAUGGCCUUGCUGCUGCUGCUGCUGCUGCUGCUUUUCUACAAGUACAAGCAGAAGCCCAAGUACCAGGUGCGCUGGAAGAUCAUCGAGAGCUAUGAAGGCAACAGCUACACCUUCAUCGACCCCACCCAGCUGCCCUACAAUGAGAAGUGGGAGUUCCCCCGGAACAACCUGCAGUUUGGUAAGACCCUCGGAGCUGGCGCCUUUGGGAAGGUGGUAGAGGCCACGGCUUUUGGUCUGGGCAAGGAAGAUGCUGUCCUGAAGGUGGCUGUGAAGAUGCUGAAGUCCACGGCGCACGCUGACGAGAAGGAAGCCCUCAUGUCAGAGCUGAAGAUCAUGAGCCACCUGGGCCAGCAUGAGAACAUAGUCAACCUCCUGGGAGCCUGUACCCAUGGAGGCCCUGUCCUGGUCAUCACUGAGUACUGUUGCUAUGGUGACCUGCUCAACUUUCUGCGAAGGAAGGCUGAGGCCAUGCUGGGACCCAGCCUGAGUCCAGGCCAGGACCCCGAGGCAGGCACUGGCUACAAGAACAUCCACUUGGAAAAGAAAUACAUCCGCAGGGACAGCGGCUUCUCCAGCCAGGGCGUGGACACCUACGUGGAGAUGAGACCUGUGUCCACUUCUUCGUCAAAUGACUCCUUCUCUGAGCAAGACCUGGACAAGGAGGACGGGCGGCCGCUGGAGCUGCGUGACCUGCUCCACUUCUCGAGCCAGGUGGCCCAGGGCAUGGCCUUCCUUGCUUCCAAGAAUUGCAUCCAUCGGGACGUGGCGGCCAGAAAUGUGCUGCUGACCAGCGGCCACGUGGCCAAGAUUGGGGACUUCGGUCUGGCUCGGGACAUCAUGAAUGACUCCAACUACAUUGUUAAGGGCAAUGCUCGCCUGCCCGUGAAGUGGAUGGCGCCAGAGAGCAUCUUCGACUGCGUCUACACCGUUCAGAGCGACGUGUGGUCCUAUGGCAUCCUGCUCUGGGAGAUCUUCUCACUCGGGCUCAACCCCUACCCUGGCAUCCUGGUGAACAGCAAGUUCUAUAAGCUGGUGAAGGAUGGAUACCAAAUGGCUCAGCCCGCGUUUGCCCCAAAGAACAUAUACAGCAUCAUGCAGGCCUGCUGGGCCCUGGAGCCAACUUGCAGACCCACCUUCCAGCAGAUCUGCUCCCUCCUCCAGGAGCAGGUUCAGGCAGACAGGAGAGAGCCGGAUUAUAGCAAUUUGCCGAGCAGUGGCGGCAGCAGCAGCGAGCCGGAGGAGGAGAGCUCCAGCGAGCACCUGACCUGCUGCGAGCAGGGUGACAUCGCCCAGCCCCUGCUGCAACCCAACAACUACCAGUUCUGCUGA